GGUAUGCAUAAUUGUAUCAGUAUUAAAGUAUAAUUCACUACAACCGGCACAGAACAACAGUUUAAGUAGUUAAAUAGUUACAUUGUUCCAAAAGUUCAACAAAUACUUGAAGCAACGCACUUGGAUUCCAACACAGUGAGAGCUAUUGAAACGUUGUAUUUAUAUACUGUUGAGUUGAUUAUUAUUAUUUAAUAUUCGGCAUUAAACUCAGUUCUUGACAUGAAGACAAAAACAAUUAAAUAUUGCUUGGCUUCAUGUGCUGUUACAAAUAAAUUGCAUUUUUCCAUCCGUGUUCUAUCACAAAUGCGCUGUUUGUCCAAAACCGUCUCUGUCGUUAAAUGUUCUACAGGCUGUUCAGUUCGAAAUUAUGUCACUGAAAAUGACGGUUCUUAUUUCUUCAAUAAAAUGGCUGCCAACCGCAAACCAUCGGAAUUGCGCGAAAUCGCCACUCUGGUAGCGAAAUUGCCCGCAAGUGCCAUCAAUUUGGGAGUUGGCUAUCCUGAUGUAAACACUUUUCCGUUCAAUGGCAUCAGUUUUGAACUAGUCACCGGUGAGUGUAUUAAACUCAGUGAUAAAGAAUUAGCUGUUGCUUUGCAGUAUUUACCUUCUUUGGGGUAUAAUCUACUGUUAAAUAAGUUGAAAGAAAUACAAGAUUAUUUCCAUGGACCUCAAGACUGGAACACUAGAGGCAUCUUGAUAACGUGCGGAGCACAAGAAGGUUUAUCAAAAUCAGUUGAUAUGUUUAUGCAGCACGGCGAUCCUGUCAUUGUACCACAACCCGCUUACGCGCAAGCCCUAGACUUGUUCAGAGCAUACGAGCCGGACUUUAUUCGUAUCAGCCAAGACGCCAAUGGGGUCGUAGUGGACGAAAUGCAAAAUGCUCUGAAGACGAGAAAACUGAAUAAUCAACCAAUGCCAAAAGUCAUGUACUUGAAUCCAACCGGAUCGAAUCCCGCCGGCAAUGUGAUUGCCGAUAGCAGAAAACGUGAAAUUUACCAGUUAGCUUGCCAGUACAACAUAGUCAUACUCGAAGACGAUCCAUAUUAUUUUUUAAAUUUUCUCGAAAAAAAUCCAGCUAGUUUUCUGUCGAUGGACACCGAGGGUCGUGUGAUCCGGCUAGAUUCGUUUUCCAAAGUGAUGAGCUCCGGCCUACGCCUCGGAUUUGCCACCGGAUCGGCCAGUUUCAUACGGAAAAUGGAGUUGGCCAUGCAAAAUUCGUCGUUGCACCCAUCGUCCUUGUCGCAGAUUAUGGCGUACAAAUUACUCGUGCAAUGGGGAAUCGAAGGACUCAAAUUGCAUUUUGAACGUGUCAAAAAGUAUUACAGACAAAAGAGAGAUCACAUGCUCCGGGCAGUAGAACAAAAUCUCAGUGGACUAGCGGAAUGGUAUGAACCCACCGGCGGAAUGUUCCUAUGGUUGAAAAUCAAAGGUCUGGAAGAUACCAGACAUCUGGUGACAUCGACAUGUCUGGCAAAAAUGGUGAUAUUCGCUCCUGGAUUUGCUUUUGCGACCGACACGAAAAAACCAUCGCCUUAUAUUCGGAUUUCUUACUCGGUCGCGUCUACCGAAGAAAUCGACAAAGGAAUAGCUUUGUUGGCUGAAGCUAUUCGCGAAGAACUCAAAAGUAUAAAGACACAGUGAAGAACUUUGCAAAUGAUGACUGGUUUAUCAGUUUCCUUUUAUUAUUUUAGUAGUUUCAAUGUACUAUUAUAGUUUACUUCUUUGAAAUAAAAAAA